UGUUCCUGAACAUGAUGGCGGCGCACGCGGAGAGGUUUCUUACUGCACGGGCGGGAAACGGGCUGCGCGCGGUCGGUGAGAUCAAAGCGGGAGCGGCGAUUCGGCUCCGAGAGAUCAAAGGCGGCGACGCCCAGAGCAGCGCGCCCUUCGCCUUCUGCGUCGCGAGGAAGUUCCUGCAGAGCGCGUGCCACAACUGCGUCCGCACGGGUCAGAAGCUUUUGAGAUGCUCUCAGUGUAAAACUGCCCGAUACUGCAGUGUCCAGUGCCAGAAAGAAGCGUGGCCGGAGCAUAAGAGCGAAUGUCCGUGUCUAAAGCGCGUCCACCCCCGCAUUCCCACCGACUCCGUCCGGCUCACCGCCAGGAUCAUCUUCAGGCUGCUGAGUGAUCCGGCGGCGGACGGGGAGGAGCUGUACUCCAUAGCAGAGCACCAGCCACAUCUGGAGGAUAUGAGUGAUGAGCAGAGGGAGGGGUUAACUCACCUGUGCAGUACGCUGAAGAUCUACCUGGGCCAGGAGAACACCGACAGAUCCCUGCCAAACGGACUGACCCCGAUCAGCCUGCUCGCACGGGUCACCUGUAACUGCUUCAGUAUCAGUAAUGGUGAGCUGCAGGAUGUCGGUGUGGGGCUCUACCCCAGCAUGUCUCUGCUGAACCAUGACUGUCGGCCGAACUGUGUGGUGGUCUUUCUGGGGAGGAGACUGCAGCUCCGAGCCGUACGGCACAUCCAGCCUAAUGAGGAGUUAACUAUCAGUUAUACAGAAGUGCUGGCGCCCCGUGUGGAGAGGAGGGUUCAGUUACAGCAGCAGUAUCACUUCCUCUGUCAAUGUCAGCGCUGCAGCAGAGAGGACACGGACUGUGACCUGUUGGCUGGUGAUGAAACUGUGUGGAUGAUUCUGAGAGAGAAGCUCCCUCAGCUGGAGAAACUACAGGCUGAGAACCAAUGGGAAGAACUCCUAAAGGAGAGCGAGUCGCUGGUAUCCACCCACGCGGGUGCUGUUCCAGACUCUAACGUCUACCUGCUGCGGCUGCUGGACCUGGCCAUGGACGCCUGCAUCAGCCUGGAUCAGUACGAGAACGCGCUGGGGUUCGGGAACCGGACGCUGGGACCGUAUCAGCUGCACUAUCCUGAUCCCCAUCCGUCCAGAGCCGUGGAGCUGCUGAGGGUCGGGAAGCUGCAGCAUUACCUGGGAAAACUGGAAGACGCUCAGACCAACUUCAGACAGGCAUAUGAUGUGAUGAAGGUGACCCAUGGGACUGACCACCCACUGAUAAAUGAAGUGCGGAGGAAGUUGGAGGAGUGCCAGGCUGAGCUGAGGAUGGUCCAGUCUUCUUAGAGCUGCUGACCAGGACAGGACACUCCACAUUCCUCACAGUGCAGUUUCACACUUUCACACUUCACCUGUCCAUCAGCACCUGCUCGUGUUCUCCUGCACUCUCAGUUCCUGGAUGGCUUUGUUUACUGUUUGUCCUCUGACAGUAAAAAUAAACCAGGCUGAAUUCUGAA